UAUGUUGUGCUCAGGUAAACAAAACUUUGCUUGGUGAGCUGAAGGUUCAGGGACGUAAACCAAUACUAGACCAUGUAGACAGACAUAAAAUAACACGUACUAUCUAGCCUAUAUCUUUAUUUUAGCAUCUCGUGACAUCAAAGAUGGAGGAAGACAGUGGAAAAGAGGACAAGACGGUCACAGAUCCAUGUUUCAUUAACAGUAAAUAUGGCAGAUUCUGGUACUAUUACAAUACAAUGAUAUGACUGCCCAUCGGGAUGCAAUAGUUAAGGCAAAAUAUCGUGCUGCACACAAAAAAUCCAGUUUGAUGAGAAUGCUAGCAGCACUGAAAGGCACAUCAGUGGAAUCAAAAACACAAAAUGGAAACUUUCCACCUCGUCCAAGUAGGACACCAUCCGAAAUUGCUCGGGCAAAGAGAAACAAAAAGAAGAGAAAGAGAAAGAAGCGCAAUCGCAGAAUGAGAGAGUUGGCUAAGCAGCAGAGUAAUCAAGAGGGUGCUAGUGAUACAGAAUGUCUGUACUCGCAGAUGAAAACUGGGAUGAAAAUCAAUGACACAGAAGAUGAGGGGGAAGAUAUUGAUGUCAGUGAAGACAUGUUGAAAUUCUUAGAAACAAGCCAGAAACAUCGAGUGGAGUGGAAAGUCCAUAAGGCAUCUAUAAAAAAUGGAGGGGCAGGAAUGUUCCUAACUCCAGUGUCUAUGCAGGAUACUAUAGCACAGCUGAGGAGAGCAACAUCCGGGUGGAAAAAGGUGAAUGAACAAUUGCAUAUCAUCUACCUCUUCUUCCUAUUCAAGUUCUGUUGGACUGAGUGAGUGCCUUCUUCAAAAGUUAGGAGACACAUCUACUCCUGUGCUGGUGGAGCAUCUGAUGAUGGUAGGGUUGAUACUGGUAUCCGAGUAAGCUUGUGAACCAGUUUCCUUCCAAGUAUAAGGACUGUCCCAGACUGUUUGGAAUUCUGCCAAGGAAU